AUGUCCGAAGCCAAUCGCAGCAGCACCAUGUUGCAGCAGGCAGAAGCAGUCAUCAUCCCUCACGGUCUAUUCACACAAGGCCUGAGUUUCCAGAACUGCUCCAUCAUGCUGCAGGUUUUGGGGCAUGGAAGGCUCCGAAUCAGCGAGAGAAGUUCUUCCAACGAGGCUCAGAUUUCUGAUCAGCUUCGACAAGACCUCGCAGAGGCAUUCGAAGAAGGUGGGAUGGUUUGUGUCUUGGUCAACUACACUCGCUUGGGGGGUGGCCACUGGAGCCCGCUGGGCGGUUGGAGCGCUGGCCAUGUCCUCAUCCUAGACACCAACGACAUGCGACUACCCCCGCACUGGGUCAAAGUUGAAACCUUGACAAAGUCAAUGUGCAGCCUCAACCGAGCAACGGGGAAUCCACGCGGGUACUUACUUCUGCGCAGGGAGGAGGCUGACAGCACGUGA